AUGUUCUAUCUUUCGAAUAGCCGCUAUUUUAGUUGGCUGACUAAGCCACGUGGAUUCUUGGAUAAUUUCUACAAAACUUUGUCGGAUAUCCUCAACCAUAUCAGAUGCCAAUCGGAGAUUCUCCUUAUCAAAAUGGUUACGGGCGAAGACUCGAAGAGAGGCAAGUGGAAGUUUUUCAAUGACUUUCUGGAAGAGGUGAUGAAUAGAGUAGGCGCUGCUGGCGACUUGCCAACCUUCUCACAAUCCACGUUUCCAUCCGCUAAUCACCUUUCAAAAGUUGCUCAACAAUUUUCGUUUUCUUCAUCAUUCUAUGCCCAUCAACCAGCGUAUCCUCAUUAUACUUUCCGCAUACAGCUUUAUAAAAGUUUUGACAUGGAUCCACGGAGACAUCUCGCCAGUUGUGCUAUAACUUUGAUGCUCAGGUAUAUCAGUCUUCUGUCAAAAAACCAACCAAUUGAUGAGCGAGAAGGAUACACUCCGGAGAUUUACAGACACCGUUAUGCUUCACAGACUGGAAUUCUGAAGGUCUGGAAGGCAUGGUCUUCGUUGUCUCUGAACUUCUUAUGA